AUGCAGGCGCGCCGCGUCGUGGCGCAGCGCCGCUUUAAGGCUGGUGAAGUUGUCGCGAUGGAUGUGUCGGAGCUUACCGUGGUGGAGGAUUCACUCGUUUGGCGCUUUUUUCCCCCACCAUCGGAAACGUACACGACGCGGGGGAGGAAUACGAAAACGAAGAGGAACACCACCAACAACGAUAACAGAGGCAGCAAUAAUGGCAGUCACGUGAGCCACAGAACGUCUCCUGCGCUGGUGGCUGCUGCACGCCAGAUUGUGCUUCGCGCCCACGCAAUGCAAAGCGGUGAGGCGGCACUUGUUGAGACUGGCUAUGCUCAGUUCCUCGCCUCACUACUGCUGUUGUGGGGAGACAUGGAGCUGUUGCCUACCUAUGCAGAAACUAGAGAGGCUUUGGCACGAUUGACGUCGUCUGAGAAUGUGCCUCCUGCUACGCGAAUUAAGGCACUUCGUGUUUCUCAAAGUGCUGAGCAAAUGAUUGAAAAGUGGUGUGCAGCGGCAGCAGACGAGCCGAACCCUUUUUUAGGUCCACUACAUCGAACUGCUCUGCUGCUUCUUCAGUGUGUCCCACCGGCGCUACUGUCAUGCGAAAGCAAGGAUGCAGCCAGGCCUGGUGGCUGUAUGUCGCUGAAUUCAGGCGCUGAGCUCGUGAUGCCUCACUACGGCUUUAUCCGAAGAAUGCAGCUGCACCGUCCGGCUCGCCUCACACAGCUGCUGUUGGCCUUCUCGCGUUACUCCACUUCUGUUCAGGUGCCCGACCUCCCAAUGCGGAGUGGUUUCUUUCCGUUCCUGCGUCUUCUUCCCCAUGAGUGCCGUCCGAACUGUUUUGUCAUGUUCCUCGACUCGCCGGCAUCACAUUGCUAUGGUGAGGCAGGUCACUUUGACUACAACACGACAGGCACACGCAUCGACGACGAGGUGGGCGUGAAGCCAGUGCUGCCAUGGGGGUUCCCAUGCUCAGAUCGUGUUUUUCUUCCGUCUGUGGCGGUUCUGGUCGCAUGCCGCGAUAUUGAGCCCGGGGAGUCUUUUUCUCGCAGCCUGUUCCAUUCAGCGUACAUGACGCAGCCGCAGCGGUCGCGGCUUUCACGAGAGCUGUACGGUGUUUCGUGCUGCUGCCGCUGGUGCUCGCAAGAGGCUGAUACUGCGCGCGGGUUCCGCUGCCCGCAGUGCCCGCGGGACUGUGGUGUUAUUUGCCCCACUGGCGAUGGCAGCCGCCUAAUGGAGUGGGCGUGCAUGCAGUGCGGCUAUCGCCCCGACGUGGGCGAGGUGGAGCGCUGCCUAGACGAGGAGAAGGAACUGGGCACUGUAAAGGCUGACAAGACAAUCGGGUUGGUGCGUCUGCUACAGGCGAAGCGUAUGCACUACAGCCAUGCGAUUGUGUUCCACAAGGUUGAUGUAUGGUGCCAACAGGCAUGGCAGGACCGGGACGCGUCCAUGUGCUUGGAGUACCUCGACCUGAUGCAGAAGAGUGUGCACCGCGUACUGGACCCGUGCGACCCGCAGUUGGCGCAGGUGCACGAGUUUACCGCGCAGAUAAAUCACGCGGUUGGCUCCGCUCAUACGGCACGGUACGAGUAUUUCCUGGCACUGCAGAUCCGCCUGCGUGCUGGCAUGCGUUACGCGCACUGGACGCGCAAGACGUGGUUCAUGGCGGCGGAGAAGCCCCUCACAGAGUUUUUGGACAGCGUCUGA